AUGGCUAUAAGGAUAAUAAUAACUUUUUAUUCUGAAUCAUCUCCUUCAAUUAGCUUAGCCAGAUUUAAAGCUGAAGAUAUCGGCAAAUACUUAUAUAAAAUUCGUGAUAAUAGUAUUAGACCAAGACAUUUCCUUAGCAUAGAUAAUGCAGAUGAAAUAGAAGCCAUACUCUCAGAUUGUGAGGGUUAUUCCUUACAUGAAUUCAUUGAUAGAGAUGAGCUACUCUGGCCUAUUAUAGAUUUUGAUUUGUCACAAGAGAGAUAUUUGUCUUGA